UGUUUUGUACGUAGUUCUGAUUUAUCUGUUGAUGGUUACGUUCUGUUGCCAUGGAGACGUAGAGGGUGACAAAAGCUGAUUUAUUGAUCCCAGAUCAGAUCGCCUACAUAAACGAGAUUUUUAAUCCUAAUUAGAUUUCGCAGUUACAUAAAAAAUUUACAAGUUGUGACAUAAUUGCUGAAUAUUUUUUUUUAAAAACUGACCAACCUUUUUCUCACUUAUAUCAUCAUCAAGUUUGUUAAAGACGUUUACACUACUGGUAGAAGGAUAAUCUGUGAACAAGGCGAGUCGGUUAUCAUCAAUAAAGUGGAAGAGAAUAUCUUACGGCUCUUGGAGAGAGCGUAAGAAAUCUUUAGAUGUGAUGAUCGUAUGACCCAGAAGGUGGCGGUAAUGCAAUUACAGGAAUGCCGACAGAAAUAAAACCCAAGAAGAAGACCGUAUAACGGUCGUUCUGGUUGAAUGUGGGACUGCUUCAUGUAAAAAAUGUCUUCAGUGCAGGCAGCUACAACGAGCAGUUAACUGAUGCUGAAGAAACUUUUACAGAGUUUAAAGAAAUCAUCGUCAAAUCCGAGGAAGAGAUGGAUGAUCAGCGCAGACUGCUGGAUUUCUCCCGGACUCCCCGGAUUAUUUUACACCGGAUAGACUGCCUACAGCACAACGUUUAUAAGGAGAAGUUAUGUAACCAGGAGAGGAGCUUCGCUCUGGACCAGGAGGAGUUAGAACCCCUGCAGAUAAAAGAAGCAAAUGGACUCAACAACAUUUCGGGGAAAGAACCAAACCCUGAGAACCAAAAUUGGGAAAGAAGCAAUCCCAUAGACUUUGGAGCAAAAAGAGGUGAAGAAAAGAAACCCAAGAGGCAACAGAAAACCAAACGGCAUGGUGACAAUUCAAAACAAAAAGGUCAUGACGAUUUUCCUCGAAAUAGUGACUUGACUAAAAAGAUAUCAAAAAAGACAUGUGAGAGACCUGUCUCAGAUUGCCUGCAGCAUAACAUUUAUAAGGAGGAGCUUUGUAAGCAGGAGGAGUUAGAACCACUGCAGGUGAAACAAGAACAGGAAGAGCCAGAAUAUCUGCAGAUUAAAGAAGAGCAAGAGGAUCUAGAACACCAGCAGAUAAAAGUGGAAGAAAAAGAAGUUUACUGCAGUCGGGUUGAUGAAGAGGUGACCCUAAAACAGGAGACUGAUGCAUUCAGGACUAGUCCUGUUUACAAGAAAACAUACCAAACUGAAUCAGAAACAAAAGGGAUCCAAGUCAUCAUCAAGGAAGCUGCUGAAUCUGAGAACCAAAAUCAGGAAAGACGAAAGCCUUUCUCAUGUGUCAUCUGUGAAAAGCGUUUCGCUUUAAAAUCUGCUUUCAAUGUUCACAUGAGAACUCAUACGGGUGAAAAACUGUUUACAUGUGAGACAUGUGGAAAAUGUUUCCUUUUCAAAUCUGCUUUCAAUGAUCACAUGACAACUCACACAGGUGAAAAACCAUUUACAUGUGAGACGUGUGGAAAAGGUUUUAGUCUAAAAAAGUAUUUAAAUAAGCACAAGACAAUUCACACAGAUGAAAAGCCUUUCUCAUGUGUGACAUGUGGAAAGUGUUUUGCUUUCAAAUCUGCUUUUGAUGCUCACAUGAGAACUCACACAGGAGAAAAGCCGUUUUCAUGUGAGACCUGUGGAAAAUGUUUUAGUCAAAAGCAGUAUUUAACUAAGCACAUGACAAUUCAUACAGGUGAAAAGCCAUUUUCAUGUGUGACCUGCAAAAAGUGUUUUAUAUUCAAAUAUCUUUUUCUGGAGCACAUGCGAAUUCACUCAGGUGAAAAGCCUUUUUCAUGUGUCACCUGUGGAAAAAGUUUCAGUAAAAAGCGUGUUUUAUGCCGUCAUAUUAUAAUUCACAGAAAUAAGAAGCCUUUUUGGUGUUUGACUUGUGGAAAAGGUUUCAAUGAAAAAUGCCAUUUAACUGUUCACAUGAGAAAUCAUUCAGGUGAGAAACCUUUUUCAUGUUUAACUUGUGGAAAAGGUUUCAUUCGGAAAUGUUCUUUAAAAAAGCACAUGAGAAGCCACACAGAUGAGAAGCAUGUGGGAAAAAUUAGCACCCACCACUUGUGAAAUUAUGCCAAAUUUAUAAUGUGAAACAGCAGAAGCCCAGAGAAUUUAAAAAACUGAACUCAAUUCAGUAAAGCUUGUUGCCGUAGAUACUUUGUAACUGAGUAAAAAUCUACUCUAACCUUAAGUAAACAUAUGUUGAGUAAAAAGUACUUAAUUACUUUUUCAAAACUGGCUUUGGAGUAUUUAGUUUUUUUYAAAUAAAUUAAUGUAUUAGAAAAAUUCUACACAAAAAUUGAGAUACAAACAUGAAGAAGCAGAAAAAGAUAUUGUGUAAAAUUAUUCUGUUUAACAAACUGUUUUCUACUUGGAGUUUUCUUGAGUGUUGUAUUUCCUGCCAUUGAAGGUUAUUACAUUUCUCGCAUGACAAAAAUGUUCUAAAUGUUGCAUGCAGGAGAGAAAAGUAAUCAUAAGUGUUUUUUAAAAUCAUAGAACUGAAAAUGGAAAACUGAAACAUACUAAAAUGGUUGAACUUUCUCAAUAAAUCUAUAGAAAAAAAACCCCCAUGUGAUAGGUCCCGUCUUUAAAGCAGAACGAGAUUGAAACUGAUGUCAUUUUUUGCUAAUUAUAUUAACCAGUCUCACUCUAUGUAAAAUAUUUUCAAAUAAGAUAAAAAUACAUUAUUACUUUAAAGAAAAUGUGAGAUUCACCAAAACAAUUUUUUAUGCACUGAUUGUACAAAGUAUGCAUAAUUAUUUUCAAUAAUCUGGUGUUUCUCUCGACUUAGUUGUAAUAUUUUGCUCUUUUCUAUUGCAGCUGUCUUCUGUCAAAGAUUACUGUCUUUUUAGGACCUUUUUAAAUGGAUGUAAAAGUUGGAUUUAUGUCUUACAAUGUAAUUAAAGUGUAAAAUUUCA